AUGGUAGGUCUCGAACUAGAAACUGUUGUCUUCCGCGACAUCGCCUCCCAGAGACACCUAAACCAUCUUGCUGAAGUCCCACAAACAUCACUGCGCUCCCAUCAGCGUAAUAUACUCUGUGCGAUAAAAAGUUCACCUGAAACUGUGUUCAGUCUGAAAUUUUGA